UAGUUGGAAGAACACGUAUUUACAAAUCAAUGUCACAGUGACUCAUAGUAGGCCUAACAUUAAUUUAGUCAUAGGGUAAAUAGUAAACAAACAACAUCUUCUCUUCUGGAAGAAACUGGUCACCCCCUUAACUCCGGGCCUUAACUUUUAUCAUGGAUAAAGUAUUAAUUUGUGUUCUUUUGUGCGUGGGCUUGGGCGUAAAUCACGUCCUCGCCUCGGUGUUCGCGGACCGCUUCGCCGCCGGAGGAGGAGGCCAGGCACGUGUCCCCGAGAAGGAGCCGGUACCCGAGUACCUCCAAGCGGUGGUCAGCUGCAAGUUGGGCGAGCCUCAUCGACAAUAUCCAGAGUGCCGGUGUGGAGAACGAGUUGAGAUCGUGCCAGAGGUCGAGAUACCACUCGAAAGCUUGGGAGACUAUCACGUCAGAGUUAAGCCCACUCACAAAGGCACGAGACACAUCUACUACCACUGCCUGUUCUGUAGCCAGUGCCUCGAUGGCGUUCGCACCCUGUCUAAUUGUUCUAGAAUGAUAGAUACUCAAUGCACAACAUCUUGUAUUAAAGCAACCGAUAUCUUUGACAAGGGUAGAAAGGCCUGUGUCCCAGACCCGCGAUUCAAGGAAGAUACAACGAAAUCGGCUGAUCAAACAAAUUUAGUGGAUGAAGGUGGAGUACAGACAGAGGGAGAAAGGACGAAUAAACCAUCGUCGAUGCAAAAUUCAGACAAUCACAAUCCGAAUGGUUCCUCCGGCAAAUUGCUGUUCCUCGCUGACGACAAAUACCUCCUGAUCGUAGGCGGGGCCCUCGUCGUCGCCGUAGUCAUUGUCCUGAUUGUCAACAUUUUCAUCUGCAAGUACUUCUACCAUAAAAAAAAGCGCGACCAGGAAAAAGAUCAGGAAAAAGAGAAAAUGCUGCCGUCGGCAUCGAAUAACCCUGUGAUCGAUGUGUGAAGGUAACGAUGAUCAGUCCUUGUUUUCACGAAGUGACGGUAGUGAGGAAAAUCGUAACGCAAAGUGAAUGCAAUUUUUUUUCACUACCGUCACUUCGUGAAAACAGCGACGCUGUCGUCUUCACAAACCAACUUGAUCUUGCCAUUAUCCUGCCUCUAGAGAUGCUGCGAUUGAUAGGACCAUUUCGGGACAGAAUGAAACAGAUACAUGAAAAGGAUGCUCCGACAUCUGUUUUUUUUAUAUUUCGUAAAAAGUAUAGUGUUAGGGUGACGGUUGCAACUAGGUUUUUAGUUUAGGAUUAAGUUAGGGUUAGUUAUAAUCUUUGAUUCAGGUUUAAAGUUAGAGUUGGGUUAGUGUUGGAAAUCGCCGCGGGGCAAUUGUUACAGGAGUCAGUGUCGUGGAAGCAGAUAACCGAGAAGAGAGCGUUACACCAUAUAGUUUGGAGCGUACUUUUUAGUUUAGGAUAUAAAGAUAAUAAAUGUAUUUAACCUCUUGUUGGAGUCGAUCUAGCAAUGACACGGAAAGCAAGAUAAUUACAAAAGUAAGAGAUGAAGACAAGGCCCAAAUAGAUAUUUCUUAAAGGGUUGUCAAAUUAAGGAUUAAUCUGUUUUCUACUUGAUUUUCCCGUCUUAGAAAUGUAAACAAUAAAGACAAUUUUAUUCAAAACCCUCCUCAUUAAAUACCACAAAAAUCUUUCUGAUUUCUUAUAGUAAUCCUUAUUGUAUAGUUUAACUUACGCAUGAUUAGAUUCAUGCACCACUUCAUUCAACACAAAUCAUUUGAUCUAGAGAUUUUAAGAGGUACCUUUAAACCAAAUAGAAGUUGUCAUUGAAAAGAAAUGAAAGAACCCAUUUAUUGGGAUGUGAGAUAUCAUUCUCCAUGUGGUUCACCCUGCUUGAACUAUCGUCAAACUGACGUAUUCAGUAACAUGUUCGUUUUAAACCGUUUUUUUGUUGUUGUUAUUGUUCCACAUCCCACGUAACAAGAUUGCAUCAUAUUUAAGUUUCAACAAGAGAAUGCAAUAAGAAAACAACGAUAGAUAUAAAACUUAGAGAAAUAAUAAUGUGAAUAAUGUGAAAUAUGGGGAACAUAAUGGUUCCCGAAUAAAAUGCAAACAAUAUUGUAACUGAAUUCGAAAGCAAUAAAGAAAGACGUAAAGAACAAGUUUGAGUCACUGACACAUAACAAGUAAACAAAAAAGUAAUACAUUUUUAUAGGGUUUCAUUAGGAAUUAUUUUCUUUUCCCGAACGAAUUGAUC